AUACACAUUUCGGCGCAUUACUCAGCUGCAAGUGGAAUUGGCGGUCGUCAAAUGUAACAGUUUUUCUGGAGAAGUGUCUGCUAAGCUUGUUAGCCGGCAAAGUCCUGCCUUGUUUGUUCAACGCACACUUCACCUUGCCCUCCAGCCUUGCCAGCGGAAAGGCACGCAACGAAAGCGGGCCAAUUAGUGUGGUUGGACAUCAGGCGGUGCUGGCGGGGCCCCGUCGCCAACUGGCAACCGGCCAAGGCGCACGCACUGUGGCGUCUCUGCCGCCCCUGGAGCGGGCAUCAGGUGACGUGGGCGGCUGAGGAGGGAUCGGAAGAUAUAGCACUAUCGAUAUAGUGCGUCAGAGCGACGACGACGAUGGCGCGGAAGUAGCUGGCCACCGCCUCUACCCCUCUACGCUGCCAACAACCUGUGGCCUUGACAGCGCCCGUUUUGAUUUAUGCGACAUUUUGCAAAAGUCAACAAAUGGAAAUGACACAGAAAUAAUGCCAAGAGAGCUGUUUUUCACUAUUCCGAUUUCUUUUCCCCAGGGUCGGACGCACAAGUAGAUGCCCCAGUGCCAACCGCUGGACCUCCGUGGUCCGUGGAUGCAGAUUCCAUCUGUACUCCCAGCAUCACAACGGCAUGUUACAGCUACGGACCACCCGUUCCGGAUAUCACGGAUUCGUUUAGGAAAGCACUGGGAUCCGAGUUCCGACUGGAGUGAGCUAUCUUCGUGUUUGCUGUUAGCAGUACGGCUUUUAACUUCAAUACGAUCAACUUACUUGUAUGUCCCGAAACGGAAACACUUCAAGCAACUGAAACCAAAUCGGCAUGGGCUUGGUAGGAAGUCGUCAGCUCAACCACGUCGAAUUGCGUGCCCACCAGCAGGCCACCGGACUGUCCGCAGAGCAGCUGGAGCAACUGCACACGCGGUUUCGCAGCUUGGAUCGCCAGCAGCGCGGCUAUUUGACACCCACCGACUUGCUACGCAUUCCGCAGCUCUUGCUCAACCCGCUCCACCGCCAGAUCAUCGACGGCUUCUUCCCCAGCCGUGAGCCUAGCGAGCGUAUGGAUUUCAAGCAGUUCGUGGACACCUGCUCCACCUUUUUGGUGCCACAGUUUGGCCGCGGCUCAGCGAGGCGGCGCGACGGGCGUGUCCAGAAGCUGCGCCUCCUGUCCAAGAUGUUUGACACCCGUCGCAGCGGCUGCAUCACACGCUCCGACUUCCGCCAGAUCAUGCGCAGCAUAGUCAAUCUGAACUCGAGUCAGAAACAGGAACAGGAACAGGAACGUCAGGUGGAGCUUUCCGAGAACCGUUUGCCUGAGGUGGAGGCCGAGCUGCUACUCCUAGAGCGGCAGGCCUUUGGCUCCCCCUGCGACCAAAUCUCUUAUGUGGAGUUCGAGCAGCGCCUGGUUAGUGCGGACGUCGACGGACGGCUGUCGAUCGUCAAGUGGCUGGAGGACGAUGGCGAUGAUGAUGACGAUGACGAGGACGAGGUCGAGGCCGCAAUGGAACUGUCAGUUGGCUCAGGCCCGUGAAGCACCACGCCCAAGACGCUCAUCCUCGUCGUGUUGUGUUUAUGUUUUCAAUAUACCAAUCAUUUCCAUCAACUGGACGCUUGAGCUACCAAUCAGGGAAUCCUCCAUUUGGCGGGUGCGGGUACUAGAAAAAUUUCAGUCCAAAUUGAGCAAAUAUAAUUUAAAUCUUAACAUUUUAGACACAA